CUCGAUCUACAUAACUGCAAGCGCUCCCCGACAAUGGCAGAAGAUCUCCAGCAGCUCAUCCUCAACAUCCUCAACGAUUCGGGUACAAUCAAAGACACCCGCACCAUCGUCAUUCCCGGCUCCUCUUCCCAGGCAUCCUCCAGCGAUGCUCAAAUAGCCAUCCUGGGCGCGCUCAAUUCUCUCGACAGCAGAGAGAUGAUCAAAUAUGAAACACACGAGGUUCUUACACACGUUUUGACAUCCGAGGGGGCUCAGAUCUCGCUUGAGGGAUCUCAUGAAGCGCGAGUCUGGAAUGCUCUGCCCGCAAAAGGCGCGGGCAAGCCCAUCACUCCCGCAGAACUCAAGAAAAUCGUCGGCGACGAGACUGCAAAGGUUGGUCAAGGCCGCGCCUUCAAGAACGGGUGGAUCGCGAAGGAGGCCGAUGGUUUGGUGAAGAUCAAAUCAACAAUAGACGACACAACACAACUAGAAUUGCGGGAGGUCAACUCGACGGGGACUCUUUCCUCGGGCGAAAAGGCUCUUGCUGAGCUGCGGAAGCGCAAACUGAUCAUUCAGAAGAAGAGUCAAUGGUUCACUGUUCAUAAAGGUCCGAACUUCAGUACAUCAACCGCAAAGCCCGAAACGGAUCUCACCGCAGACAUGUUGACAUCCGGUAAAUGGAAGACAUCCGUCUUCAAAAAAUACAACUUCGAAGCCGAGGGUAUGCCCACGAAUGGCGGCGCUCUUCAUCCUCUACUCAAAGUGCGAGAAGAGUUCCGCAAUAUCUUCCUUGAAAUGGGCUUCGCAGAAAUGCCCUCGUCCUCCUUCGUUGAAUCCGGCUUUUGGUGCUUCGACGCCCUGUUUGUCCCACAACAGCACCCCGCGCGUGAAGUCCAAGAUACCUUCUACCUUUCCGACCCGUCGACUUCCCUCCCGCCACCGAAAGAUUAUUACGAGCGCGUCUCUACCGUGCACACGCAGGGCGGGCACGGCUCAACGGGCUACCGCGCGCCGUGGAAUGCCGCCGAGUCGCACAAGCUUCUCCUGCGCACGCACACGACCGCCUCGUCGGCGCACAUGCUGUACAAGCUCGCCGCGCGGUGUCGAGGCGAGGCUGCAUCGGACGACGAGUUUGAUUGGGGCGGCACGUCCGGGCGCGUCGAGCGCAAGGAGGGCAUCGAGGACGACGGCUUCCGUCCCGCGAAACUGUUCAGCAUCGACAGGGUGUUCCGGAACGAGACGAUGGAUGCGACGCAUCUCGCCGAGUUCCAUCAGGUGGAGGGCGUCGUCGCGGACCGUGGGCUCACGCUUGCGGAUCUGAUCGGCUUCAUGCGUGUCUUCUUCAAGAAGAUGGGCAUCGAGAACCUCAGGUUCAAGCCCGCUUACAACCCGUACACGGAGCCCUCGCUGGAGAUCUUCGCCUUCCACCCGCUCCUCAACAAAUGGGUCGAAGUCGGCAACAGCGGCAUGUUCCGCCCAGAGAUGCUGGCGCCGAUGGGCUUCCCGAAGGACGUCCACGUCCACGGCUGGGGCAUCAGCCUCGAGCGGCCAACCAUGAUCAGAUACGGGAUCAACAACAUUCGGACGCUGGUCGGCCACAAGGUCCCCAUCGACAGCGUCGAAAAGUCCGCGGCGGUCAGGUUCUGAUGCGACCUGCGCGCGCGGGGGAUCGACUCCGGCGCGGGCGGUGAUUGAGGGCGCGCGAGUGUGCGCGCGAGUGUGCGUGAGACGCGUCGGACUCGGACGGGACGGCGCUGCGACGUGACGUGUAGUUUAGAAUGUGUUGUAAAAGCGCCGAUAGGCUGGGUGUAUUAUUCUUUCGCAGCGCGCUCCCCCGGGCGUAGUUGUUCAGGCGACCACCGCGGCGAGGCGAGGCGGGGCGAGGCUAGUGGGAUCGAGCUGGGUCGAGUCGUGACUGGACGGAGCUGCUAUUUUCGGCGGGAGAAACUAAAAAAGAGUUCUUGGCUUGGAAGGCCUGAGGCACUCAUGAGCCAAUAACGCGACGCUGUGCCUAGUAAUAAACUACGUUAUGUUAUG